ACCGUGCCGCUGGGAAGACAGGCUGGAGUGUGGCAAGGCGAGGGACGGUUACUCUGUUUACCUACACCAGCAUCACCAGUCAGCACCACUAUCACCACCACCACAACAACCACCACUCGUCAUGCCUGUAGGGGCUGGGGGGCUGCUCUCCGCCAAGCCGAAACCCUCGGCGGAGAAUGUGCGGUGUCAGAAGUGCCUGGAGAUCGGCCACUGGACCUACGAGUGCACGGGGAAGAGGAAAUAUGUGCACAGGGACUCACGCACCUCCAUGCUCAACAAGAGACUCAAGGAUGACAAGGAGGAGCAGCAGAUGGAGCAUUUGAAGAAGAUGGCACACCAGAAGGAAAAGUUACAGAAGAAAGAGAAGAAAGGAAGCAAACCAAGAAAGAGAGACUCAUCAUCAGACUCCUCUUCCUCCUCCUCCUCCUCCUCCUCAUCUUCCUCCUCCUCUUCUUCCUCCUCUUCAUCCUCAUCAUCUGAUUCCUCCUCCUCCUCAUCAUCAUCUUCCUCUUCCUCAUCAGAUUCCGAAUCAGACUCCUCUUCAUCAAGCUCCUCCUCUUCCUCCUCUUCCUCUUCCUCAUCACCAAAGUCCUCCAAAACUGAAAGAAAGAAGACACAGAGUAAGAAGAAGGUAAAGAAGAGUAGUAAAAAGUGAUGAUCAGCCCAGCACAUCACCACUGCAUCACCACCACAUCACCAAUAACAAGUGCUGGUGGUGGAGGUGAGGUGACAUGGCCCUAACCACCACCACUAGCACCACCAUCACCAGCAGUGCCAUUUGAAAUCUGGUGAUUGUUAUAAGAGGCACAAUUGCAUCAUGGUCAGUUCUUAAAAUGAGAGAGCUUAAUGGGUGCCUAGGCUGCUGGAGAAGGGAAGGACAGGGGUGGUAUCGUGCCUGGGGUGAGCUGCCUUGUCACUCAUGCACUCCACACACAUCACCUCCAUGAAACAAGGCUCAUAGACACACACACUCACACACAUUACUAGUUAGUGCAAGGUUACUGUGACGAUAACUCAUUCGGUACACUUUUCUUAUAACUCAGAGAUUGUAUGGGAGUUGAGAGAGGUUGUAUGAUGGUUCUCAUAUGCUUGCCUGUCCAUGGUAGAAGUCUUGGCAGGACACAUGUGGUAGGGUAAACAGGGUGGGCAAGGAUGAGUAGCUAGGUUGACAUGGUUCUUUUACUACAGGUUCUUUUUAAUGUGUUUUUAUGUAUUUAAUGUGGCAAGAUUUUAUUUUUGUGUUUUCAUUCAUGUCACUUAUCAGAAAAGGUUCAUGUGCAGCAGGUUUUUCUAAGGUGUUAGUGUAUGUUAUGUGUUUAACGUGGCAAGAUAGGCAGAUUUUCUUAUUCUUUUACUAUUUUGUGUAUUUCAUAUGUGGGUAGCUUUUUCAUGUAUGAAUAGGUGUUCUGGUAGUGUAUUAUCAUUAUUAUUAUUAUUAUUUGUUAUUAUUUAAGGAUGACUGAGUGUGUGUAAGAUUUCCUACUUGUGUCCACUAAUACAGUAUGAGAGAGACACCUUCUGAUGCUACAGAGCCACAAACUGUCACACCUCACACUCAUUGUUGUGGAGGACAGAUUCUGUGUAUUUUCAUAAUAGAUAAUUACUAUAAGCCA